CUCUGAAAAAAUUAUGCUGCAGCUAUUUUGUGUUGUCAAUAUGUGUGGUUUGGUUUAUCAUUUUAGCGUUAUCUCUGUUCAACUACUCGUUGAGUGAGUGAGCGACAUUUCCAUAGCUCACAGGCUAAAAUUUCUACCUCUCUCUUUCCUUUUUUCCGCCAUGGUUUUCUCUGCAUCUCUUUCUCACAACUCUUUCUCAUGCCUAACUCAAUUCCCGCAAAAUUUUAGAAGAAAUCCACUUCGUGUUCACCUUAUUCGAGCUGUGAAAUCCACUGAACCGGAGAAGAAGGUGCCAGAGACCAAAACCCAGGAGCCUCCCGUGGCUGAACCUUCAAGUUCAAGCUCCCCCACCGCCUCUCCCAAGGUUCCAAAGAAGCCUGUCUAUUCGAUGAAGAAGGGUCAGAUUGUGAGAGUUGACAAAGAGAAGUAUCUUAAUAGCGUUAAUUAUCUAUCUGUUGGACAUCCACCUUAUUUCAAGGGCUUGGACUACAUUUAUGAAGACCGUGGUGAGGUAUUGGAUCUUCGCAUUUUCGAAACAGGAGAAUAUGCACUUAUUGCAUGGGUUGGCAUUCCGACUGCUCCAGCUUGGCUGCCGACAGAAAUGCUUAUAAAGUACAUUUCAACUAAGAAAAGUAGCAAUCCUUGGACAAAUUUCCUAGAGUACCAUCAGUGAUGCAGAAAUAGCAUUGAAGUCGGAGAAACUCAACUACGAAAGACUCUAAAUCACAGCUUUGAUGAACGAUGCUCACUUGAUGGUUUAUAGGUUCCACUUUUCUCCAUGACUCUGUAAAGAUGUGUAGUUAUUUCAAAAUACAUUAAUAAUUCAUCGCAAGCCUUUUGCAA